GAGGUGGUGGGAGCUGAAUGGGGUGUGAGCUCGUUUCUAUUCGUCCACAUACACCUCUGCAAUAUUUUUUUCUCUUUUUUCAUUCCCCCCUGGAUAUAACUUGGAGAAAUAGUGUCCGUCAAGUUUGCUGCCACCUGGGCUCAACACAGCUGAAUCAAUUUUGGAGGAAACCGUUGCUGCAACCCUCUGGUCGUGCUCCUAGGAGGAGAAGAAGCUGAAGCAAUUUGGCAUCAUUGCUAUAGUUUCAGGAAAAAACUUUUCUUCUGACUUUAGAGACAGUUACCAGGAGCAUCUGUCUGAUGUCUUAAUCUCCCUCCAUUUCCCUGAUGAGCAUGGGGUAAUGGUGUUUGACCAUGGUGGUCACCCAGUUACAAUUAGAACUGUGCUUCCACGGCAAGAAACUGAGAGGUUUCACCUGCAAGUUGACCAGGUCAGCCAGUGGAUUUCUUCCAGAGACUUCAUUCUCCAUUGCUUCUCAGAUUUUUGUGCCAUUCCUUCUGGCUGGUUUGGGCAUGGUAGCUGCUGGCCUCUUGAUGGAUGUUGUUCAACACUGGGAUGUGUUUCGGACAAUUACAGAAGUUUUCAUCCUGGUUCCUGCCUUGGUUGGCCUAAAGGGUAAUCUUGAGAUGACACUGGCAUCCAGGCUCUCUACAGCUGCUAACACUGGACAGAUGGAUGAUGCCCAGAAGCAAUGGAAAAUGGCCACCUGCAAUUUAGCCCUUAUCCAGGUCCAGGCCACUGUGGUGGGACUUCUGGCUGCCAUUGCUGCUGUGAUCCUGGGAGCCAUCUCCAAGGGCUCUGUGGAGCUGAGCCAGGCUGCUGUGCUGUGUGCCAGCAGUGUCACCACAGCCUUCAUAGCGGCGCUUUCUCUCGGUCUGGUGAUGAUUGGUGUGAUCAUCGGAGCAAGGAAAGUUGGGAUCAAUCCAGACAAUGUUGCCACACCCAUAGCAGCAAGCCUUGGAGACUUGAUAACCCUUUCCCUGCUGGCAGGAAUCAGCAGCACACUCUUCAAAUACAUAGAACUGGAAUAUAUGAAAUACCUUUCUCCUCUGAUCUGUGCUGUCUUCAUUCUCAUGAUCCCUCUCUGGGUUGCUAUUGCCAAGCAAAGUCCUUCCCUUGCUGAAGUCCUGAAAUCUGGAUGGCAGCCAGUCAUUGUCGCAAUGAGCAUCAGCAGCAUUGGUGGGCUUAUCUUGGACAAAACUGUAACUGACCCAAACUUUGAAGGCAUGGCAGUUUUCACACCGGUGAUUAAUGGUGUUGGAGGGAAUCUGGUCGCCAUCCAGGCCAGCCGUAUUUCCACAUUCCUGCACUUCUGGAGCAUGCCUGGAGUUUUGCCAUACAAGAUGAGGCAGAAUUGGCCCAACCCAUGCACCACAUUCUUCUCAUCAGAGGUGAAUUCCAAGUCAGCCCGAGUCCUGUUCCUCCUGGUUGUCCCAGGGCACCUUGUGUUCCUCUACACCAUCCAUCUGCUGCAAGGAGGCCACACAUCUCUGUCCUUCACCUUUGUGAUGUUCUAUCUGACUGCUGCUCUACUGCAGGUGGGAAUCCUGCUCUACGUGGCUGACUUAAUUGUGCGCCUGAUGUGGAGGAAAGCACUGGAUCCAGAUAAUUUCUCCAUCCCCUACCUCACUGCCCUGGGGGAUCUCCUGGGCACCGGUUUCCUGGCCAUCUGUUUCCACCUGGUUUGGCUUGUCCACGGUGCAGACAUGAACCUGGGGAACUGA